AUGGUCACCUAUUCCGCUUUCUUUUCUUCUGGCCUUCUCGCGCCUUACCAUCCAAGAGCAACAACAACUCCUGCACCACCCUCCUCGCCGAUGCCGAUGCAAUCCAGUCCUAUACACCCUGUCGAUCGCGAUCUGAGCGUGACACCCACACCCGGUGGCAACUCGAAUAACGUUGUUGCAGUACCCACUACGAAUGCUGACCGUCCUCGCAUGCGCAGGCGUCGCAGUAGCAUGAAUAUUGGUGUGAACCCGAUGGCUCUUAUCAAGUCGCCGAUGCGGAAUGCGGGCAGCGCGCUUCAGCGCACCGGCGUCAUGUCUCCCACCCGGAGUCGUGCAGGCAGCAUCGCAGAGAACGCUUCAGAAACCAACAGUCUUUUUGGAAGACUAAGAAGUGGCAGUCUGAACGCAGGCGCUCCACUACGCAUGCGUCGUGCAGUCAAGCGAACCGUCCCACUCGCUCCGCCCCCCACUGCCCCUCUCCCUGCACUCCCAUCGCCAUCUCCAUCUGCAAAAUACACGCGUACUCUCGCGCCUCCUGCGCUUAUCAUACCUAUUCCUCGCCAACCCCUCAUGAAUUAUUUUGUGUCCAGUCCUAGUACCUCUGGACUACUCAGUCCUGAUUCUGUGAUGCAGUUCUCGUCCAAUAUGUCACCUGGUAUCUCCUCCAGCCCUGCUCAUAAGUGUUAUUUUGGAAGUACUAUCGAUGAAGAGAUGAAAGAAAACUGA